AAACCUUCGAAGCUGUCAGAAAGCCUGGUGCCCCGCAGUACCCUGGGAAAGAGCGCAGGCCCAUUCCAACCUCUCUGGAACACCUGCUGGGACAUCCAAUCGCAGACCGCAUUACUUUCUGGGCUGAUUGCAGAAGUAGUGUUGAAUAUGCGAAGGUUCACAUCAAUGCAAUGUAUAGAGAAAGAAGCUCUGAGGACAUAAGGGGAAUUGUUUCUGUUUCUGUCCAUAGUGAACACAAAGCCACUUCCUCUGUCAGAGUGUUAACUACACAUUCAGCAAAGUUGCAGUGAUGUAAGACACAAGAAGCUCUGUACCUAAGAUUGCUACUGCAUUUCAUUACACCACUAUUGUUUCUCAACCAUUGGUAAACAUUACACAUUAAGUCAGGUUAGGUUAUAUAAAAAUACAGUGUAUGGUAGGCCUAUCCAUCCAUGCAUUUUUUUUACCGCUUAUCCUCACAAGGGUCACGGGCGUGCUGGAGCCUAUCCCAGCUAUCUUCGGGCGGGAGGUGGGGUACACCCUGAACUGGUCGCCAGCCAAUCGCAGGGCACAUAGAAACAAUAAUCAUUCGCAUUCACAUUCACACCUAAGGGCAAUUUACAGUCUUCAAUCAACCGACCAUGCAUGUUUUUGGGAUGUGGGAGGAAACCGGAGUGCCCGGAGAAAACCCACCCAGUCACGGAAAGAACAUGCAAAUUCCACACAGACGGGGCCGGGAUUUGAAGAUGUGUUAACCAGUCGUCCACCGUCCACCUAUAUUCCUGUUAAAUAGUUUUGUGAUUGUGAGGGAUUGUGUGACAUCUCUGCCCAGUUUGCUGUGUGUGUCUGCGGGAGGAGAGGAUGUAGCAGUUCUUGAGUAUAAUAUCUCAUGCACAGCCACAGAGACGUGUUGGCUCACUGUCUAAUGAUUCCUCGUUGGAUGGCCAAUGUGUCUGAGAGCACCAAAGAUCGUCUUUCUCAGCUCGAACCCCAAACCUGGCUGAGCUCACCACCUGACCAGAUGUCUGAUGAAAUGACCCACAUGGAGCCAAACACUGUAAUGUGCUCCAUACAGUUGACUUCCACCAAUGGGGCGUUGUGUGUCAUCAAUCCACUUUAUCUGCAUGAACACGGCGAUGAAUGGCUUUCUCAUCAGGCGACUGGUCUGCAGUGCACCUCACGUCCGACACAUUGUCGACGGGAACGACGCCUCAGUUCCACUCGAACAUGGGCCGGGACGGGCCUGAUUAGCAAACGAGCCAUUUCCUUGGACCAGGAACCUUCUUAUGCCACGACCGAGUGUUCAGGACUAAUCAGAGCUAAAUCAGAAGAGUCCCCGCUAACCUCAUCGAUGUCAGCUCUCCAAGGAGGGGUUGUCCUCAGGCGCUCUAGCCUAAGUUCCACGUCCAGCCUUUCCAAAAGCGGGAGCACAGGGCGUUUACUUCCUUCUACCGCUGAGCUGCGGAACCGUGGCAGCCCUGGGCCUCAGACCCCUCACAGAGUGUCCUGGAUCGAGGAAGGAUUCUGGCUGCCUCCGGCCCAGAGGCCGUCCUCCUUGCUUCAGCCUCCAUCACCUGAGCUCGACUCGCUGUCCGUCAGCAGCAUUGAAGAAGAGCCGGAGGAUCAGUCGCCAAGCCCCGUGGCGCACCACCCGUCGGCCCACCGGCUGGCCGACAAAGUCAUACAUCGCCUCUCAGCAGUGGGCCAGGCUCUCGGCAGCUUGGUGUGUCAGAAGAAGAGGCUGACCAACCGUGUGCUAGAUCUGAGCGAGAAGAAACUUGGCUCCUUUGCAGAUGCUGUAAGAGAAUUUGUGGAGGCGACGCUGCAGAGAGAUCCUGUUCCUGGUGGUUUGACAGGGUCCGAGUUCUUACUGGAAGUGAGGUCUUCACUUACUUCGCUGAGGGAGACUCUCUUGGACUACACCGAUAUCCAGGCACUGCUGAACAGUAUGGCCGACCUUAGUGACUCAGAGAUAGACUCGCUGGUAGAGAUCUCAGUGCAUAAGGUGGCCCUAAAGCCCGUGUCAGCUCACAUCUACUCUUGCCUUCACAUCUGGCGUACCAGUGAUACAAGUCUCCAACGUUUGGAGAACAACCAGCGUGUUCUGGAAAACAAUGAUGUGGAGGCACUAGGAGGGGCAGCUGGAGUUGGCGUUCCUGACUCCGUCACCCUUGAGCGGAUUCAACAAAGGUGGAUGAGUAUGCACGAGGCCUACUCCCCGAACAAGAAGGUCCUUAUCCUGCUCAAAAUCUGCAAGAGUAUCUACCACAGCAUGAGUACCAAUGCCAGCUCAGAUGUGGUGUUUGGAGCUGAUGAUUUCCUGCCCUGCUUGACGUGGGUGCUUUUACGUAGUGAACUGGUCAACUUGCAACUAGACACAGACUACAUGAUGGAGCUGCUGGACCCAACACAGCUGCAGGGAGAAGGUGGCUACUACCUCACCACCCUGUACGCCGCUCUCUACUACAUCAGCAGCUUCCAGCCACGCCUAGCUGCCCGUCAGCUUAGUGUUGAAGCCCAACACUCUCUCUGCCAAUGGCAUCGCAGGCGCACCCUGCACGACAACCAAUCCCGCCGUAGUACGCGCCAACGGUCCAUUCACAGACAGGCGUGUCUUGAGAAAUCAGUGCAGGCUUGUGACACUGAGAGUGGGGAUGUAGAAGAAAGUGGGAAAGAUGAGCCCCAGCAGGAGACGGAAAGCAGCACAAAGGCUGAAGGAGAACACACUGAGCAGCAGGAUGGACAGGAUGGUGAUCAGGACAAUCAAUGAUGAUUGUGUUUUGGAUGAAGUAGAAAGGACAUGAGAUUAAAAAUUGUAACAAUCUAUUGUGGAUUAUACCAAUGGUGAAAUUGCUUACAUGUUUGAUUUAACCUCUCGCCAAAGUAGCGUCUUACAACAAAAGGGGCAGGUCAUCCAUUAAAAUACUCCAAUUAGUAAUCUAUAUUGCACUCAGCCUUAUCUGCCAUACAGUGUAAGAAAAAAGAGAGACAAAGAUAUGGAUUUAAAUGCAGGAAAACCCUCCACACUGAGACUUCAACCUGAGUAAUCUCACUUUGGUGACAUUGUAAUCAAAAGUAUGGAAGCCUAAUUAGUUCUACAGAAGCAAAUUAACCCUUACAUACUGUUCAUUUCACGCACACACACACACACACAGUAUGUUUCAGGUCAAUUUUGACCUGGGCCAAGAAUAUCUUCUUAAUCAUUUUCUGCUGCAUGUAAAGUCAUGAACUACAGUUCUUUUCAAACUGUCUGAAUGGCCUGUCUGACAUUAAUUCAUGGAUGAUUCAACCAUAAUAAAAGUU